GUUGCGCGACGCGCGAAUGACGCGAUGCAUUCGUUCGUGAACAGCCGCAGGACGCGGAGAGUGGCGGACUACGCGGGCUUGUACGUGAAUUCUCGUGAAUUCUAACCAAUCUAACCUCGGUGUCAAACUCGCAAAUUAUCCUUUGACGUGACAACAGUGUAGCGCAGCUGUGACAGAUCAGCUGUUCCAGUAAAUAAACCGCGAUGGACGACGACGUCGAGGAUACCGCAAGGGACAACCGGCCGUCCGACGAGGACGUCAGCGAGUCGGAUGACGGCAGCGAGUAUUCGUUGCGUAGCGAGGGUGAAUUCAACUGGUACAUAAUGUCGGACUCGAUUCUCCUGAGCAUCUUCCAGUAUCUGACGCCGAAGGAAUUGCUGACAGCGGGCGAAGUGUGCCGAUCGUGGUUCAGAGUGUCGCGCGACGAGUUCCUGUGGAAAUAUUUAUUUUAUCGAACGUACAAGGUAGACCCGGACGUCGGCAUCGUGCCAGAAAAAACCUCCUGGUUAGGAGAAUUCAAACGCUUGGCAUAUCACACUCCAUUGAUAGAAACUGAAGUUCUUAAAGAACAUUCACAUCAGGUCUUACACGUGAGCUUCUCCCAUAAUGGCAAAAUGUUUGCAACCUGUUCAAAAGAUGGAUAUAUUCUUGUAUGGCAGAGUCAAUAUCCUGUUACCAUAAAAUAUUUGCAUGAUAUGAAGACGUUUAGUUGGAAAUAUACACAAUUUUCCCAGUUUAAUUGUACAGAUACGUUGCUUCUUGUGUCUGGUGUCCAUUUUGGUACACCUCAUAGUACUUCGGGUGAAAUAGCAGUAUUCAGAGUAUCACCUGGUUUUGAUCUCCAAUGUAGAGUAGUGAAUAAGCCAUAUGACAUAUUUGGUACAUGGUACAGUGAACGUUACCUUUUAAGUGGGAAUCUACAUUGGUUGGCACAUUUGGUUAGUACUAGUGUAGUUUGGCUUAAUAAGGCAAAUCAGGAAUCAGCUAGCGAACACGUACCUAUUAUGACGCAACUCUUUAGAUUCUAUAAUGGAAAUGCUUCCUCGAUUAGGGCAAUUAUGGUUGCAAAUUGUUUAGCACCUGUUCCGGUCGAAUCCACAGAACAACAAAGCCAACCAUCUUCCUCGAAUACAAAAGAAGAAAGAGGAAAUCCACCAAGUCAUAAGGAUUUGUUGUCUCCUUCAGGCGAAUCUAAUAGCUCACAAAGUCAGGAAGAACCAAUAUACUAUAUUUCAUCAUCAAGAAUACAAUAUAGUAAAUUAGAAGGUGCGUUUUCGAAUUGGAGGAAACUUGGUGAUGGUUUUGAAUAUGCUAGUCCUAUACAAUACAAUCAGGAAUAUAGGCAGGUUGAGAUGCAGAAGAAGGCACACGAAAGCGAUAGCGAAAGUGAGAAUCCACAAUGGGAGGAAGAGAGCGAGUCUGGAGAAUCUUCAAUAACCGAAGAAUGUGAUACAGACGAAUUAGCCAAUAAUCCCGAAAAACUUCUUAUUUUUACAACUGGCUCGAAAACAUAUACUCCGCACAAAGUUGGUUUUAAGAGGAUCAAAUUAGUUACUUUCCCACGAAGAUUGGAUCCAGGACCAUCGCUGCGCGAGAGAAUAGCUCAACAAAAAAGGGAACGAGAGAGACAGAAUACUCCAUCAGUAGAAGAUUGGUUAAAUUAUGAAUCUGUGGCGGAUAAAUUCGAUAAAAUAGAUCAUUUAAUUGAUCUUCAUGGUCACAUUAUUGGAAUGGGACUUUCUCCCGAUCAUAGAUAUCUUUACGUAAAUUCAAGGCCAUGGCCGAAAGGUUAUGUUAUUACCAAUCCUUUACAACCACCACCGAUAGCUCAAGAAAUUGAUAUCCAUGUAAUCGACUUGGUAACACUGAAGCAAGUUGGCACGAUGUUAAGGGCACACAAAGCAUAUACGCCCAAUAACGAAUGUUUUUUUAUAUUUCUGGAUGUAUGUAAUGAAUAUGUAGCAAGUGGUGCGGAAGAUAAACAUGGUUACUUAUGGGAUAGACAUUAUGGAGUCUGCUUAGCAAAAUUUCCCCAUAGUGAUGUAGUCAAUUCAGUGGCUUUUAAUCCACGUGAUCCUGAGAUGUUAGUUACAACCAGUGAUGAUUAUACAGUUAAAAUAUGGCGAAGUCGGGCUAUGGUGAAAGCUUUAGAUUUAGAUGAAAAGUCUUAUCGUAGGGGGAUGGAAGUACGAAAGAGACAUAAAUAUCAGAAAUGCGGCACUAAUGUUGACUGA